CCGUUCUAGUCACACCCUUUUCUGGGCCCGACGGGCGAAACAGCGACGACGAUUGGACCGCAUCGCCAUCGGCCAAUCAACACGGGCGUCCCAGUGCCUGAGGUACCUAACCUUAGGUAGGAAAUAGGUAAUAAACAAGCCGCCUGUCAGAAUCUCUCAGCAGCUCCCGCGACCAACCAAGCGCCAACCACGGGCCCCUAUUGCGCUGUUGCGCUAUUGCGACACUUAUCCUGGCUGGCCCCGAACCUGGGACGGCUCGAGACGAGAAAAGUUGCCCACCAUGGCGUCGUCGGGAGCAACCCUCUCUUCCUCCUCUUCCUCCUUGCAUUAUCAGCAGAGGCAACCGCCCACCUUGUCUCGCCCAACCAAGAAACCCUCCGUUGGUGCUAUCGCAACCGCGUCGACGCCCAAUCUAAACGCGCUUUAUUCCGCCCAUUCUCGACUUACUCCGGCUGCUGGUUCUUUGGCGCGUAAAGCUUCGCUGGCUGCCCUGACCCCGGGCUCCCUCGCCUCGAUUCCGGAUGACUCUGAGAGCUACGCCCUACACAGUGUUUUGAACGAACCUACCUCGGCGCGCAAGAUGCCCCCAAUGCCGCCUCUGACCCCCGGUAGAGGUGUGGCGCCUGUGGACGAUUUCACCGUGGGUGAACAAGUUGAUGUCCCCGGCAAUAUGGUCGGAACUGUGCGGUUUGUUGGGUCCGUUGCGGGUAGGAAGGGCGUCUUUGCUGGGGUUGAGUUACACUCCGAGUACGCGUUGCGCGGGAAGAACAGCGGCGAUGUUGAUGGCGUCUCAUACUUUGCUACCUCUGUUCCCGGGUCCGGCAUUUUUGUCCCCCUCAACAAGUUAAUCAAACGGGACUCGCCUCCUUCUUUCCCUCAGACACCAUCAGGGAUGUCGUUGGCUGGCCUGAGAGCCGCAAAUCAAAACACCACCAAUCAUACACCGCCAACACCUUCAUUACCAAAAUUUAGCCAGUCAGUUGGACCUGGUCGGGCACCAAGUCCUCAGGGGAAACGUCCCAGAAUGUCAUUGCCGCGGCCAGAUUCGCCCGUCCGCAAAUUACAACUCACACCAGCUCCCCGGCCAACAAUUGCGACUCCUGCAAAACCACCGUCCCGAUAUGGUAGUCCGAGUAUCCCCAAAUUCUCGUCUAGUGUUCGGGGAACAGCUGGUGAUCCAAAUAAACUUGUGCGCCAAGAAAGAAAACCGAGCAUAGCUCCAAGAAGUGCAUCAGCAUUGGGGCAGACCUUACCAAGCUUUGAUGAUGACGAUGCUAUGCCUCCACCUGCAACUAUUGGCACACAUGGGAAGACCAACGGCAGUAUAGGGUCCAUAACGUCAUCUAUGGGCUUCAAACGUCCUGCAUCCCGCGCUAAUCAUGCUAACGAGGAGGAGGUAGAGCGCCUCAAGUUGCAACUUGAGGAUCGGGAUAGGCAAUUAAAAGAACAGGCGUCUGCAUUGGCUGAGAUGGAAAGCAGUCUCUCUGAACUCACCGUCCUAAUAGACCAAUCCGACAAUGGACGCAUGCGAUCAAGUAGUCUAGACGGUAAAGAUACGUCUCAGCUUCGAGCUAUGUUGCGUGAAAAAAACGAGAAGAUUGCCAUGCUCACAGCUGAAUUUGACACACAUCGAGCUGAUUUUCGAAGUACCAUCGAUACUCUUGAGAUGGCCAGCACAGAAACCCAAAGGGUCUACGACGCAAAGAUUCAAGAGCUAGAACAGGAAGUCCAAGAAGCGCAAGAGCAACAUAAUGACGUCGAGAGUGUAGCACAACAAUUAAAGCAACUUGAGGAACUUGUUCAAGAGCUUGAAGAGGGACUUGAGGAUGCUCGCCGCGGUGAAGCAGAGGCCAGGGGAGAGGUUGAGUUUCUGCGUGGAGAAGUUGAACGGACUCGUACUGAAUUACGACGCGAGCGCGAGAAGGCCUCUGCCGCCAUGAAUGGGACCAGCAACGCGGAAGAGCGUCCGUCCAUGUUUAAGGACUUAGAGCAGAAGGAAGACGAGAUCAGGGGUCUCAAGGCUAUCAUUCAUUCCCUUAGCAGAGAUUCUAUCCCUGGCUCUGAAUCAUUAGAAAAGACUUCGAAUCCGGCACAGCGAACCACCUCGCUCGCCAAAUCCCGACAUAACUCUACUGACGAUCGCAUGCCUAAAGAUAAGUUAGAACGGGAACUUAAUGAGCUACGCGCGCUCCUAGAGACAAAGAACUCUAGGGAAGAGGAACUCGAACGUGAAAUCGAGACGUUACGGCGUAAAAGUGUUGUCAACCAUCGUGGAAGCUCCAUGACGACCGGGAGUGCAGAUCGAUCGUCUUACCGUGACUCUAAAGGAACCGUUGUCCUAGCUCGCGACGUGCGAUUACCGGAGGAGACACACAAGCGUAAUCCGACUCUGGAUCCUAUGCCUGAAAGCGACGCAUUGUCUUCGGCCACCGAGAAUAGCACGCUCUGGUGUGAGAUAUGCGAGACAAGUGGGCAUGACAUUCUCACCUGUACCAAUAUGUUUGGUGGCCAAAAUGAACAAGGUCGGCCUAUCCAUGAUGAUCAACCAACAAGUAAAACGGGCAAGGACGCUGUUCGCGAGGGCCUUCGGAACUUGGAAGUCCCCAUGGACGCGGAGGCCUUACCAAGACCAUUAUCACCCAUGAGAUCCAAGACUCCGUUAGCAGCAGCGCCCGUCUCAGUGCGGACUCUCCCUAAUCCUCAGGACUCUGGCCCCCUUGCGGGCAAAGAAAGCGGAAUUGUCGAUCCUUCUAAGUGGUGCGCAAUGUGCGAACGAGACGGACAUGACAGUAUUGAUUGCCCUCUAGAAGACGCGUUUUAGAUCCCCCCUCACCCAGCCAAGUUGACUGCUUAACAGUAGUGCAGGGCCAACAUGAAGAAGAUGGAAUUGAUUAAGAGACCACCGUUUCAUACAGCGGUUGAUGAACAUAAGUCUACAUAGGAUGAGUCGCAUAUCGUAAUUGUUGGCUUCUCUCGGCGUUGGACAGGAUCAUUGGCCAUGGGUAUGACUGUUUGCAAGCGAUGAUACCACACAGAAUAGUCAUUGUUAUUAUUGUUAUUAUUGUCAUCAUCAUCAUCAUCAUUGUCAACAUUUAAUAAUAUUCUGCAUUAUUCUAUUUUGUGGUAAGAAAUGAGUAAAGGUGAAUGUGAACACAGUGUUGGCUACAGCAACUAGAUUCACAACGAAAUUAGAGUAACUAUAGGUGACGGGCAGACUGGGAUAAUACGUUCAAUCUAAGCGAUAGAAGAAUCUACAAGAAUUAC